AUGCGCAGUAGCGUUCUUCUCCCGCAGUUCUUCCUACCACCGUCUGCUAUCAAGCUAGGACGUUUCGUCACCAAUAUUGAUGAGCCUCACCGAAAUUACCUUGAGCCGAGACUAGAGAAGAGCUUCCGUGUUAUCGAAAAAGUUGCAACUCAGUAUGACGGCACCGACUCUCAGAGGGCCAAACGUAACCUAGGUUCUGAGCUCACCGCUUUCUUCUCCUCCGCCGUGUCAAGCCGUACGAAUACCUCGAUCCAUAUCAACACGAAACAAGUAAAGACCUAUUAUUUGGACAAUAAUGGGCAGUGGUUCCGAGAUAUCGUGAAAUCGGAAGAUGUCCGAAAGUGGAUUGAUCGUACUAUCGAUGAGGGAGAAGACAUCUAUGUUGUGGUUGGCUACCACACUAUCUUAGAUGCUCGUAUCGCGGAGCAAUCGCGAGAAGAAUAUCUUCUAAAUGGAAGUCUAGCUAUGCCUAUCGCGAGUGCGCUGUCGGCAUCAGGAGUGGUUGUCCCAUUUAGUGGAUUAACUGAUCCUAGACUAGCGGGGUCUAGUGGGCAAGCGGAAGACUUGCAACGGCACUUUGUUGCCCAAGGCGAGCAAAUCAUUGCGGUGCAAUAUCGCAAGGUCCAAUUUCGCUUUUUCUCAAGCAAAAGCGUUGACAAGGCAACACUAGCUAAAGAGGCGAGAUGGGAAAGAUAUGACCGUCCUCGUUACCUUCAAAGCGAUAUAGAAGACAUGAUAGAGGUCGUGCUGGAUGAUGAUCUGUCACUCGAAGGCGACCGGGAUAAGUAUAUAGCAGGAUCGGAGGAGAUCAUCUUUUCGAACAUUGGUGUCGAUUCAAGAUAG